UUACUGCGCUCCAUACAUUUUAAUCCCACAAACUGAACUCUCGACUUUGUUUAUUAUCGUGUAAUAUAAAGGUACCCAGGGGUAGAUAUGAUUGUUCGGAUCUUUAGAUAUCUGUCUGAUUGCUCAAUAUGAAUUAUUUGGUCCAGUUGGCCUUGUCGACGUCAUCUUGAAAUUUCAACAAAAAAUAAUUUGAAGAUGACCACUGCUAAGCGUGUAGCAGUGAUUGGGGCGGGAGCUAGUGGACUGACCGCCAUUAAAUGUUGUCUGGACGAGGGAAUCACCCCUGUUUGUUUUGAGAGGUCAGACUACAUAGGAGGUCUUUGGCACUACACCGAUGAGUCACGUGACGGCCAGGCCUGCGUGAUGAAGUCCACCGUCAUUAACACCAGUAAGGAGAUGAUGUGUUUCAGUGACUUCCCUAUUCCCAAGGAGUACCCCAUCUUUAUGCACAACAAAUAUGUCCUCAAGUACUUCCACCUGUAUGCGGAGAAGUUCGACCUCACUAAGCACAUUAACUUUCAGACAGAGGUCCUAAGUAUCAAGAAACACAACGAUUUUAAAAACAAUGGAUGUUGGGAUAUCAAAACACGUGAUCUAAAAACCAAUCAAAUUAAAGAACAAACGUUUGAUGGUGUGUUAGUCUGUACUGGACAUCACGCAGAAAAAAAUAUUCCUACAUUUCCAGGCCUGGAUAAGUUCAAGGGAGAGAUAAUUCACUCACAUGACUACAAAACUCUGAAGGGAUACGAGGAUAAGCGGAUAGUUAUUAUUGGCAUAGGAAAUUCGGGAGGAGACGCCGCGGUGGAACUCAGUCGUGUAGCUAACCAGGUUUUCUUGAGUACACGGCAAGGUUCCUGGGUCAUAAAUAGAGUAGAUAGCUUUGGAUAUCCAGUGGAUAUGAUGAGGACAACGCAAUUCAAUUUUUGGAUGAUGCGGAAGAUUGUGCCCGCUUCUGUUACUCAAUGGAUCACCGAAACAAAACUGAACAUGAGAUUUGAUCACGCGCUUUACAGCCUUAAACCAAACUUCCCGCCGUUAUCCCAGCAUCCAACAGUCAACGAUGACCUUCCCAAUAGAAUCAUCAGCGGCAACGUCAUCGUCAAACCCAACAUUAAGUGCUUUACUGAAACUGGUGUGGAGUUUGAGGAUGGUACAAAAGAGGAGAACAUUGACGUCGUGUUUUUGGCUACAGGGUAUAUCUUUGGGUUUCCGUUUUUGGACAAGUCUGUACUGGAAGUAAAGGAAAACCGAGUUAAUUUGUAUAAAUGGAUGUUCCCACCUGAUCUGGAACACAACACAUUGGCGGUGAUAGGUUGUAUACAGCCCUUAGGAGCUAUCAUGCCGCUCUCCGAACAACAAUGCCGACUCUACACAAGGGUUUUAAAAGGUGAAGUGAAGUUACCGCCCUCAAAUGAAAUGUGGCAAGACAUAAAAGAUAAAGUGACAGCGAUGGCCAAACGUUACGUUAAGAGCACCCGUCACACGAUACAAGUGGACUACGUGGUGUAUCUGAACGAGUUAGCUGCCUUGACUGGCAACUGUCCUGAUCUCGUAAAACUGUUUUUCAAAGACCCUCGUCUAGCCAUGGCUUGUUUCUUUGGCCCCUGUACACCGUAUCAGUACCGACUGGUGGGCCCCGGAAAGUGGACAGGUGCCCGGGAGAGCAUUCUGACUCAGUGGAACCGGACCUUUUACCCACUGAAAACGCGACCCAUGAAAAACCCUCCCCGGGAAUCCCAGAUCACCUUCUUCUUCUUCUUUCUGCUCAUUGUUGGGUUGUUUACUUUAACUAUUCACUUACUCUUUAUGAGAUGAAUAAAUAUUAGAUUGUGAAACUACUGACAGCUAUUGUAGGUGCUCACAUGAUUGUGUUCUCUGGAUAUAGCCGAAAAGUCUAAGUGAUACGACACUUCUGAAAAAAAAAUUUAAUCAAACCAGACAUCAAGAAACCAAAACUUUACUGAACAACUUGGAAUGGGAAGUGAAAAUACAUUUUUCCUGUUUUGGAUGACAUUGUACUUAUGCUGUUGUAUCAAUAGAAUUUUGGAUGAAUAGAUAUUUUAUACAACAUAAAAGCGUAAAUUUGAUUAUAUUCUGAUUCUUUUUCAUGAUAUUCAUGUUGUUUCAGGAUAUUAAAAAACUGUGAUAUUUA